GGAUAAAUCCGUCAGUAUUGGAUUGUUUGUGCGUGAGUCAACAACGUGAUUUAAAAUGGAAACUUCAUCCACAACUAACCUAACGGAAAAGGCUUCUCGAAGUAAAAAUUCUGCCGAAGGAGAAAACUCGCAGGUUGAUCUAAGCAUUGGGCAAAUUGUCCAAUCCAUCAGCAACCUUGAUUUGAACAGCUAUGCAACGAGAAAAUCAUUUGCCCAGGGAAUGCUCGAUCUCGCCCUGUUGACGGCCAAUGCUUCCCAACUGAAGUAUCUGCUAACGGUCGGUGAAGUGCACGAGUUCUACCACUUGCUAAUGACUUUGGUUAUACUUUCGAUUUCGCUUCAGGUCUUCCAGGCAGUGAUGAUAAUCAUUCUGGCUGUGGUGCUCGAUAUCAACAAAGUGGAGCAGCAUAAGAAGUCCGAUAUACUGAACAAUGUGCUUAUCAUAUUCACGGUGAUAAGUGUCGUGAUAAAUGUCAUCAUCAGUGCGUUCGAUAUGCGGACCCAGGGCGAUUUGAUACCGACGACUACUCCUCCUGGUGGAAUGACCACAACGGCAGACGCGAUGUGAUUGGAAUAAAUAUCAAAUUUAAGGCCUGUGAUGUAUUUUUAUUGUAAGGAGAGGAAUCAGUUAAAAUGAGGUUUUUCGAUUGAUAGCUGUUCGACUGUCAUAUUCAAAAACCUCGAAAACGAUGAUAAGAUAGUGAAGAUGUCUGGAUCAUCAACAGAACGUAAUGCAUAAUGAGAUCUUUUUUUAUUAGAAUAAACCGAUGACUCAACAAUACUAAGAGAUUUCAGGGAUGGCUAUAAUAAGGACGUUGUAAAACAAAUGCAGGAUGUCUAAAAUGAAACGUGGAAUCCCUUUCUCCUGAAUCGUGCUGUUCCUUAUGCAUAUUUAUGCAUCAUAAAUCAACACUCGCCUUAAUUUAUGCAAUCAUUCUUACGUACAAGGAGAUCCUUUCGAAAGCAAG